CAAAAAAUCCUCCCCAUCUUCCUCUACUUUUUAAGGACUGUAGAAGUGCCAACGCGUAUCCUUCACAAACUUUGGGAAACGCCACUGCUGCCCGUUCCACUGAUAACUUGGGAAGAUGCGGCCGCUGCUCCUGCUGGCAACUCUGACCGUGUUGGUCGGGGUCACUCUGACCGUGCCUGCAAAAGAGAAACGUGUACAUCAACAUCGCGACCUUAGUGACCAUGCCCACGACGAUUCCCAGGGAUACCAAUAUGACCACGAGGCUUUCCUGGGCAAAGAGGAAGCCAAAACUUUUGACCAACUCAGCCCAGAGGAGAGCAAAGACAGAUUGGGGAAAAUUGUGGAGCGCAUUGACACAGACAAGGACGGGCUGGUGAGCCACGCGGAGCUGCACCACUGGAUCAAGCAUCGCCAGAGGAAGUACAUCGAGGAGAACGUGGACAAACACUGGAAGGAGUACGACCAGAACAAGGACGGCAAGAUCGGCUGGGAGGAGUACAAGAACACCACCUACGGAUAUUACAUGGAUGAGGAGUUUGAUGAUGUAGAUGACAAGGCGAGCUACAAAUCGAUGCUGAAGCGCGACGAGAGGCGAUUCAGGCUGGCUGACCGUAACGGUGACCUCAUUGCCACCAGGGAGGAGUUCACUGCCUUCCUCCACCCUGAGGAGUACGACCAUAUGAAAGAUAUCAUCAUCCAGGAAACCAUGGAAGACAUUGACAAGGAUGGAGAUGGGAGAAUCAACUUGGGGGAGUACAUAGGGGAUAUGUACUCACCAGAGGCAGGAGAGAAUGAGCCAGACUGGGUCCAAACCGAGAGGAAACACUUCUCAGAGUUCAGAGACAUAAAUAAGGAUGGUUACCUGGAUAACACUGAGGUGUCUCAGUGGAUUCUGCCCGGGGAGAUCGACCACGCCGAUAACGAAGCCAAACAUUUAAUCCACGAGACCGACACAGAUAAGGACGGGCUGCUCUCUCGUGACGAGAUCAUGGAACAUCUGGAGGAGCUGAAGAUCAGCACCAUCACUGACUACGGCCUGCUCAUACUGGGGGAGCACGACGAGCUCUGAGGCCUGAUGCACACCCCCACACCCCUCAUUCUCCACCCCACACCCCUACCCAGCACUACAGAUAUCCACCCCACACCCCUAACCAUCAUUAGGUAUCUAGUCCCACACCCCUACCCAGCACUACAGAUAUCUAUAAACUUGGCCAAGUUAACCUGGCAUGAAGUGGUAAAUCUACUAGUGGAAAGGCAAAGGGUGUCAUCAGUUCAGAUAAAAUAAGGACUCCAGGCUCUUGCAUUAGAUGAUUUACCACCACCUCAAGGUUAUCUUAACCCGGGGUGCUACUUAGCCAGGUUCUUGGCAUCCUCCCCUGGAUUCAGAGGCUUCAAUACAGUGCUUAAUUUUCUAAAUAUCUGGUACUGCGUUGUAGCCUCCGAAUCCAUGUUGGCCAUAGUGGUGCACAGCAGCCCACAUCUACAAUACAAAGAAGCGACACAGGCUUCGAGGCCUGUUGUCCUUCCAGUUCCAAAGAUUCGUAGCCCACAAACAGCAAUCACCAAACAUACAGAGUGAUGGGCUCUAAGCCUAAGCCCUGAUGUCUCACCGUACUAACAUACCAAAAGUAACAACGACUGAAUUAAGCUCAGAUAAAGCCCCGCUGGACUUUUCCAGACCAGCAGCCACAAAAGCAGCAAAAGUGUCAAAGUAUGACAGA